GAGUGGGCGGCUUGAAAGCAGCAACUUGUUUGUGCAGAGCUCGCAGUCACAGAGCAAGUCGAUCGCUUUGGGUUCGGUUGUCCUGCCAUUGUUGCGUUGACCCAGGCUGCCUGCACAAAUGGCUUGUGGAAUUUAUUUGGGGAUCUUGCUCCUUUGCUUACUUGGAGCAGAACAUGUUCGCUGUUUGUGGGCUUCUCAAGAAGCUCAAGGCGAGUCUUAUGUUGGCUUUGUGCAAGAUGAUAACGACGGCAGUCUGAGUCACGUCGGCAAGCCUCCCCAGAAUCAAUUCAGACAAGUCUCCCGUGUUCAAGCCUUGGCCCAAAGUGGCAGUAGUGGUGGAGUCUCCACUUACGACAACCAACAGUUUCUCGGUGGCUACUCAUCACUCAAGGUGGUUCGCCGGCCCCCCGUGGCCACGGCCGGCGAGAGCAUUGUUCUUAAAAAGCCCGGCCUCUCAACAGACAUUGCAAGUUCGGGCUCUCUGAGCAGGUUCAAACCGCACCAAUCCAACGUUGCUGUGGGACAAGCUGAAGAAUGGAAAAUACCAAACGGUCACCAGUCUAGAGGAAAGUUUCCCAACUUGCAGGGUUACGGCAUGCGCAAAUACUCCGCCAACAUGCAAACGUCUGCCAAUGCCGCUGCCACCAAAGUCCUGAUUGGUCAGAAACCUGCAAGACAUCAGAAAAAAAACUUAAAGCACAACCAUGGGCAGAUGAUGUUCCAGGGUAAACGACAGCAGCUGACCGGUGGGUUGUCGGAGGCGGGGCCUAACGGCCAACUCUACGCGCACGCAGAUGUCCUGAAGAUCCCCAGCCAAUUCGGUGGCUACGCUAUCAGGCGCCUGAAGGACCCAGUGGUCCAAAAGAGCUCAAAGCCUAUUCCCCACCACGCUCACCUAGAGACCAAGUGGACCAGAGUGAAGCUCAGAUCCUGACCAGGGGAAUGUCUUGACUGGGAUUUCUUCACAUUCCAAACAUCAAGCCAAGGUGCAGUUUGGAAGUGCAUAUGCCUUGCUAGCAUGCAAGCUAAAAAGGUUUCUCUAUUGUUGGGAGUUAAUGUCUUCGACGACCUUAAAUUGCAUCAAACGCCGUUUUGCUGAAGGUAAGACAAAACGUUUGCAUAAAUUCACAACAGAAUCAAAUAUUUUGCUGCAUGCGCAUUAAUUGUCUUAUUUGUCUACAGGUGCAACUCUUCAAAAUGAGCAUUUAAAGUAAAUUAACACUCAAACCCGUUUAAUCAACUGCAUCUAAUAGUCUCAUUUCUGUCCACAGGCCUGCAUCUGCCACAGAAGAACCAGAUUGACUGCAAAAAAGGCAAAAAUUCGGUUUUUAUUUCGACAUUUAUUAUUAAACUAACCUUUUUUCUUUGUCUGCAGCUUUCAAAAUGGCCGACUUGCUGUCCUGUGAGCCCUUGCUUCAUGAGAUGUUUGCAAGUAUACUUCCACGUACGCUUGCUGAACAAGGACUGAAAACCUAGUGCUAGAUGGGUUGUAACGUUACUAUGUCUUUCAGGCCAAUAAACUGCGAGUGGAGAGAAGUCCAGAGCUGCCCCUGCUUUCUUCUAUUGGUGAAACACACAAGCACAAUUUGGCUAAUUAAUUUCAGUAGGGUUAUUUUCUUCCCGUCUUGUCCACCAGGUGGAGACAAAGGACCUUGUACCUGUUGCAUGGACUGACUUAAGUAAACGCUCCAGGUUUGAACAAUGAUUGUUGCUCGUGCACAAACUACCUAAAAUCUUCAGCGGAAGGUUCCAGCCUACAGUUAAAAAUAAAACCAGUAAACUCAAA